AUGGCUCUUGCCCCUCUCUUCUUUCUGCGCGCCGGACAACCGUCGCGGCGGUCCAACUGGGACCAAGCAAUCGUCGCCUUGCCAGACAGCGCGAACCGGACCUUUAGAUUCCACUUUGAAUGGCAGCGCGGCCUCUUUGUCAACGUGCAGCACUUCCCCGCCGCCGCCUUCCCCGACGCCCAGCAGAACAAGGGCGAUGGCGAAAAGGACACGCUCUACUACCCGCCGCCGCACUAUCACCUCUUUGCCGACGAGUACUUUCUCGUCACCCAGGGCGCGGGGACGUGGCACCUGUGGGAUCGGGACGUCCGUCUAGCGGCAGGCGACAAGGUCAAGGUGCCCGCCCGCGCGUGGCACUGGUUCGAGGGCGACCCGAGCCCGGACAGGCCCCUGACGACGGAGAUUUACUUUGACAAGGGCGACGCCGUGAUGGAGGAGCGCUUCUUCCGCAACGUGUUGGGGUACCUGGCCGACUGCCAUCGUGAAGAGGUUGAGCCAAGCAUCUGUCAGCUCUUGCUCUUCUUUUACAGCUUUGAGAUGGUCCCCGGGCUGAGGAUUGCGAGGUGGGAGACGCUGAACUUGGUUCUGAAUACAGCGAUCAUGUAUGUCGGAAGUGCCAUUGGAAUGUUAUUGGGCUACCGAAGUUCCUAUGACGAGUACUACAAGGCUCAGAAAAAAAGCCAAUGA